GCGGCGUGUUUUCGCAUCGGAAAUUCGCCGAGAGAACGAAUCGCCAUCUAACUAUCCGUAUAAAUAAUGACUGUAUUUUUUUCUUCAAUCGUUUUAUUUUUUUUUACGCAAAAUACUUCGUCAAUAUCGACGAUAUCGAGCGACAGUGAAUAUAUACCGCUACGAUACAGUGGCUGACCAGACACGGGAGCAUAUUUGGUGUCGAGUGUACCCAUUGUCACACACACACACACACACACAUGAGACGCCAGUCGAUCAAUUGACUAACGAGUGUGUAUGUUUUUGCGUAUCUACGAUCGCCGAGGUGGCGCGUUCGUAAAUCGCGGUUUAUUUUUAGUCGCUCGGCUUGAAAUUUUCAUAAACACUCGUCGCGUCGCGCUACCGUCACCCUCUUUGUCUUUCAUUCGCUACGUGCGUGUCAACGAGAGAGGCCGGCACGACGACGUGCGAUAUUAGCGCAAGCAUACCGACUUACGCUGGCUCGCCAGUUCUAUGUAAACACCGAAGUGAAAGCAAAUAUUAUUAGCAACACAGAGCCGGGGGAGCCGAAGCAGGGAGGCAUGCUCGUCUUCGUCGCUCGGGCGUUUUAGUUUCACCUACACCAAAAUUCUCGCAACGUCUCUCCACGAGUCGCCUGCAGGCAGACGGUACAAAUUGUUGUGCACUUUGUCCAUCCGGACGGACAGAUUGCCGAAGUUAUUAGUGGCGAGAUAUCAGCGCGGGUCUCGUCGAUAGACGACGAUUUUUGUAGAAAUCGGCCUGUGAAGAAAUUCGGAACCUCCUGCCGGGGAUCAUCAUCGUUGUGGCAUCGAGAGAGAGGUGUACGAUCGCUCGUGAUUCCACGUGUUUUUGUUCUUCGAGAAGAAAAACAAAGGUGGAGGAUAGCAGAAGUCUCGCGCGCUCUCACUCGUUGGUGCCCCGAUCGAUCCCAAGAUGCACAUCACUUGCAAAUGUUUGAACGUGUCCAUCAGAUCCAAGGGCAGUGAACUGCAGCCGAUCGACGUCGACAAGUUCGAGCUGACCGAGUUGGAAUAUGCCGAUGACUUCUUUCGCGAGGUUCUGGCAAGUGUACCGGGACUGGAGACUAUUACUAAGGAACAACCCGGUUUAGUGGAUAUAAAGAAUGUUGGGUCAUGGAUUAUACAUCGUUGUUACAAUUGCUCAAUGUAUACUCACGCUGUCCACAGGGAAUACGGUGCUGCUUUAGUCCUUAUUAAUAGCAAUAUUGUUUUAUCAUCUGAGGAAAUAAAUAAAUUGAAGUCCAAUCCGGACUACAGCCAAGUAUUUAGGAUAAUAGUUGAUCACAGUGUAGAAGACUUGGACGACUAUCUGCAACAACCUAAUAAAUUUUCUGUGUCUCAAUUACCUAACACGGUUCAAGUGGCUCUAGGUGGAUUACAACGGCAACUAGAGGAAGCUGUGCAGCGUCAAACGGCAGUGAUAGAGGAUAAAAUACGUGCAUUUACUGCGGAACAGUAUCAGCUGUUGGAGCAAUUUCGCGAAAGAGCACACAACGAACAUAGGCUAUUAUCAAAACUAGUGUGUAAAGGAGAAGAGACAAGUAGAGUAACCAAUAAUAUAGAAACUCCGCCGACAACUCCCGACAGCUUUAAGAAUACUCUGACUACCUCUGCAGCUAAUAUGGUGGACGGUCCGAAAUCUACCGUAGCAUUAGACGAUACAAAAGUUCUCGCUGGCUCAAAUGUUAAACACGAGACAGCUCCUAGGCACUUUUCUAAUUCCGCUAAUAAUGAAAGUACGAAAAAGAAAAAGCCAUUAUAUAUUUGUACUAAAAGAUCAGUUAGCUUUGAUACGGAAACGAUGUUUACUCUCGACGGGGUAGAAGAUACAGAUGCUCCUAAUCAAAUACAAUCUUCGGAAGAGGAAUCUGAUACUGAUGAUUCGGGCCAAGACGAAGGGAUUCAUAUGCCAAAAAGUCAACGGGAUGGUCACUCCACUUUGGCUAAAUCGCUACCUGUCACUGUACCCGCUUUCCCUUCUAUGAUUCGUCGUAGAGUACAGGAUCAAGAUGACGAUCAGUUGCCCGGUGAUCCAUUCGACCCGAACAACAUUCGAGCUUCAAUUAAGGCCUUAGCCAAGAGCGUCCACGGUGAUACAAUAUUCGGAGACUUACCGCGUCCCAGAUUUUCUACACAGAUCUGACUUGUCAAGUACGAGCUAAGAAAUCCACUCGGUACUUAUCAGUGCUUUUGAUACAAUAUAUCAUAAUCCCUAUCACAUCCGUCAUUUGUCUUUCAAACAAAAAAAAAAGUUGCAAAAGGUUUAUGUAUACAGACUUAGAAGAAAUAUAUGGGCAGUUCUGCAAAAGUA